UAUAAACAUCGCCGGGAGUUUCCGUAAAAUCACAUUCAGGCACCAAGACUGAACAAUGGUUAACAUGAGCUAUCAGCAAUUUUUACUGAAAUAUUUACACUCUAGUUCACGACAGUCAAGAAGGCGAGCAAAUAAACGAAAAAGGAAUCAUUGGGACAAGUUAUCUCCAACACAUUUUCAGACUUGAUUAACAGAGACUCUAAAAGGUCCAGUGUGAACAGUGUGGCCGAGUGUCUGUGCAUUGCGACUGAUUGGCGAGAUGACUGCCGAGUGGCUACACCUGCCCCCGCCGUACCCCCCUGGUGUGGGGCCGUUGUAUGGUGCAGAGUUGGAGGCGUGGUAUGAAGACUUGCAAGAUAUUCUGGGCUCUGACACGGGAGGGGCAAAACUGGCACGCGCCCCCACAUGCAGCGAGAAAGAGCCAGAGUUCCUGGAUGUUCUGGAAAGUUGUUCUCUCACCUGGCUGACUGAUGGAAAUCAGUCGAUGAGUGAAAGCGUCCACAGGACAACAGAGGAGAUCCAUACCACCCAGCCUCUGCAUCACACCUCUUCCUCCUCCUCUUCCUCUUCCUCAUCCUCCUGCAUGAGUCCAGCUGUUGCAGAGGAGCGGCAGGUGGAGGCUGGGAGUGGGAGAAACGGGGAUAGCUCGACGGGAGGCAGCAGCGACUUGCUGCCUCCUGAGUUCUUCGAAUUGCUGAGUGAGGGAGGAGUGGGGACGAUGGACUCGAGCGGAGUCGGCUAUUAUUACCACCAUCAACACCACCACGCUAAUAACGUCCAGCCCGCGUCUCCCUCGGCCAGCGAGGAGGAGCUGCCCUGCGUCCCAGAUUCACCAUCGUGCUCCUCUUCGGCCUCCCAAUCACCAUCUCAAAAUUGUUCUCCCCCUUCGUCUCCGGUUUCCUCUCCUUCAGUCUACCUGUCCUCUCGGCUGGGAAAACGUAAGAGGACUGCCGGGGAGAGGGCCAACAGUGCCUUGUCCUCUUUCUCCUCCUCAAUGCAGAGGUCACCCUACUCGUCUACCAAAAAGAGUCGCAAGGAAAGAGAGCAGGAGAACGAAAGGAAAGUGCAAGAGCUGACCGAGCAGAAUGAGCGCUUGAAGGCAGAGAUUGAAAGGCUGGGAGAGGAAGUGCAGAGGACGCGGAGAGCUCUGAUUGAGAGGCUCGUCAACACCAGAAAGUGAGAGGCGUUUGAGGGGGGGAGUGUUGAAGCAAAAUGGAAGAUGGAACAAAAACAUAUCUGUUUAGAAUUAUUAGUUUUGGGGAAAGAGGUGGAAUGUGACGAUCAGGAAUGGCUCACAGAGGAGAGAACAGAAAACCAAAGAUUCAUUUUUAAUGUUGAGAGAACAGCUGGAUGUAAAGAUGGAAAAAGAAAGAAAGUGAUGAAAUGGUACAAAGAGAUGAUGCUGCAACAGCAUUGCAGCAAACAAAAAAGAUUCAGAAUGUGGAUUAAGGGGGAAAAAUGAAUAUCUUACAGCAGAUUUGACUGAACCAAAGCGGCUCAGCCAAGCUUCUGCUGAUGUGCAGGGAUGACCGAAUGUUUUGCUUAGAGAGUGCUUUUUCAUUGUUAUCUUCCAUCACCAUUUUGCAAUAAAUUGUAACUCCUACUUAAAGGGCUGCAAUCCAGCGAGCAGAGAUUAUUUGCCCUAAUUUGUGGAGAGUUUAGGAGCUCAGGAACUGAAUGAAAGUGCCCAGUAAAGUGUGAGUAUGAGGUUUUUUGUUUCAUAUAAACCUGCGGCUUGUGUGCAUCUGGAAAUUUAGAAGACCCGGCUAUACUUUCAGAGCUGACCUUUUUCUAUUCUAUUAAUAUGUCAUACGAUUGUUAAGAGUUUUUCUACCUUGAUUUCCUAUUUUUAUAUAAAAAAAUAAACCUGUUAUGGCUCAAACUGUAAUAUGCCAUCAUACUGUUACUUUUCUUGUCAUUGUAACCACAAGCUGUUUAUCGUUGGAUCUGCAUGGCUUUUAUCAUUGAUUCAUUUUAUGCUUUAUUGUAAUGGCAAGUUUGCAAUAAAAUAAAAAUUAUACUAAAUGUU